AUGACUAGGUCUUCACGGCGUACUCGCAACACAAUUCGCGGACCACGUUCGGCUCUCACGGAUUUCUUGGCAUCCACCAAUGCAUCCGAUGCUCUAGCCAAUGCUUCAGCACGACGGACCGCAGCUCAAGAGGCUGCCGCCGCCGCUGCUGCCGAGGCUGCUGAAAACGCCAACAAUGAAUCGGCAACGGCCACCAAUGAAGACGGUCAAGAGGAUGAAGAGGAGGACAACACAACCCCAGCCUCUGGUCGUCGUCGAGCUCAGCAGCUAAAGCGCAAAAAGGAAGCAGAGGCCAUUGAAAAGAUUAAAAAGUCCAAGGCUUUCCAGAAGCGCAAGAGACAGGGCGAUGAUUCCGAUUCUGAUGAUUUGGCCGCCGAGAUUUUUAAGCAAAAGUCGACUCCUCUUCCUGGUCAGAUGGAGAAUUGCGCCAUUUGCGACAAGCGCUUCACUGUCACCCCGUACUCCCGCGCCGGCCCAGACGGUGGUCUGUUGUGUUCCAAGUGUGGAAAGGACCUUGCCAAGGACACCCCGACUCCGAACAAGAAGAAGAGAGCUGCAGGUCAGGGUGCAGGCCGUCGCAAGAUGCAGAGCAGAAUUCUUGAUGGCACCUAUACAUCUGGCGCCAAGCCCCUCUUGUCUCUCUGCAUUGAGCUGCUCGCCAAGAAUAUUGACCUUGCUGAUGACUUGGGCGCUCUCCCUCCCAUUGUGGUUGACAAGAUUGCCCGUCACGUGUCCAAGCGUCGACUUCUCAACUCUCAGACCCUGAAUCUGUUCCUUGAGCCUCAGCAUGAUGAAGUCAAGAUUUACGACGGAGCACAUCUCUCUUCCGACGACUAUGUCAACGUUUUCCAAAGAGUUCCGAAUCUCAAGAACCUCAAGAUUCGCAACGGAAUCCAGUUCAAGGACGAGGUCAUGGAGUAUCUCGUGACUAGAAACAUCAACCUAGAAGGCUUUUCUCUCCACGGCGCUAAUCUUCUUUCCGAGGACACAUGGUUGGCCUACCUCAAGGUCAAGGGCCAGCACCUCAAGAGCCUUCAAAUCUACUACACCGAUAAGCACGUUGGCGACGACCUUCUCAAGUCACUCGAAAAGCUUUGUCCCAAUCUUGAACGACUCAAGAUUUCCAACAAUCAAAAGGUGACGGACAAGGGUGUGGAGCACAUUGCCAAGUUAAAGAGUCUGCAGCACCUCUCUCUCGACCUCAGAACCGAGACCACGACUGAGCCUUAUGUCAAGGUCAUCAAGAGCAUUGGCAGCACCUUGCGCACCCUGUCUCUCAAGAGGGUUCCCGACCUGGAUGAUCGUGUGCUCGAUGCCAUUCAUGAACACUGCCGCUCUCUGGACAAGCUUCGCAUCAAUUCAAGCGAAGUCAUGACUGACGCUGGUUUUGCUCGACUGUUCAAGGACUGGAAGAACAAGCCUCUCAGCUUUGUCGACGUUCGCGAUUGUCGCUUUUUGGAUGCCAACAAGCCACGAGAGAAUCCACACCAGGUGGGUUUCUGUUCCGAAGCAUUCCGCGCUCUAAUGCUUCACUCUGCCAAGUCACUUCGACGUGUCAAUGUCCACGGCUGUCGACAUAUUGACAAGGAGGCUUUCGAGGACGUUUUUGGCCCUAGCAAGACUUACCUCGAGAUGAAGAAGCUAGAGGUUAGCUUUUGUGAGCAAGUGAGCGACUUUAUUCUCGGCAGCAUUUUCCGCAGCUGCCCCAAUAUCAGAGAGCUGAUAGUCUUUGGCUGCAUGUCGGUCAAGGAUGUCCGUGUUCCUCGCAACAAGAUCCUUGUCGGAGUGCCCAAUGCUCAAGGCAUGAUUAUCGAGGGCACCGAGGAUUCUCACGACACCGUGGAUCAAUCUUAA